AUGGCAGAAUCGCUUGUUUUCGAAGUCUUAGCGAAACUCUCGUCCCUCAUUUAUGAGGAAGUGAGUCUGUUGAAGGGUGUCCGAGGAGAACUUGAGAAGCUUCGAAGCAAUCUUCGAGCCAUCCAGGCUGUGCUUUCUGAUGCGGAAAACAGGCAAUGGAAGGAGGCUGUCGUCAAGCUAUGGUUGGAUAAGCUUAAAGAUGUAUCCUACGACAUUGAUGAUGUGCUAGACGAAUGGAGCACUGCAAUUCUCAAAGGAGAGAUGAACGAAAAAUCAGAUAAGCGAUCUUCCUCGCAAAUUCCUUUUCGUUAUGAAAUUGCCGAUAAGAUAACAAAAAUAAAUGUAAGACUAGAUGUUAUUGCCUGUGGAAAAGACAGGUAUAGCUUUAACCAACUCGUCGUUAACAAGGAACAACUAGUUGAGCAACGAAUCACCACCUCUGUUGUUAAUAGUACAGAGGUGAAGAGAAACAGAAAAUUGUAG